AUGACCGCCGAGGAGCGUAGGGAAUGCCCUUUGCUUCGUUGCCGAAAGCGUUUCCCCAACCAUGAGCUAUUGCUUCAGCACCUCUAUGAUUGCAAGCACCUCGAGUCUGGCGAGUACUGGUGCUAUGACUGUGGCCAGGCUGAGACGUUCCAUGAGAUCAAUAAGUGUCGACGCUGCCUCGGCCAUCCUUCGAAACGAAAGAAGUUGCUAUCGCUGGCAAAGUCUGUGUUUUCAUCCUUGGGAAGACCCAAGUCUCCCAUUCCAACUCCUUCGCCUCCCAAUCUUGACAUUGAAGACGACCCGCCUAGCUACGAUGGACUUGUUCACGACGGACGCCCUACAGAGGCCCAUAGAGGAUUCGAGCUGCAGUCGAAUGAAAUUCACGAAAUUGACUCGAGUGAGGUCGUGCUUGCUCCGAUUCCUGAGGAUGGGGAAGCUUCCCAACAAGACUACUUAAGCCGGUCGUCUUCCACCUCCUCCGCAUAUACCGCUUGUACACAGCCUCUAUCUGUUUAUCCUCGAAAUUCUAUAACCAGGAACAAGUCCCAUGUGAACUACGAAGAGUAUAUAAAUUGGUCUUCGUCACCGCCCAUUCAGACUGUUUCCCCAGCCGACCUUGCAAAGCCGAACACAGUGAAUACGUUUGCUAAGCCAGCACUGCAACUCAAUACAAGAGCAGCCCUUGACUUCUCUCGAGCCCGAUCGCGACGUCGAAGUAGGAACCUGCAGCCGAGCUCAUCAGUCAGAUCAACCAGUAGCACGACGAGCACGACGAGCACGAACAGCACGAACAGCACGUCGUCCAUGGCCAGCUGCACCAUUUCUCCCAUGUCAGCAUGGUCUGGAGUUUGGGGAAAUGGUAUUGGCUUUGAGUCGGCCCUGACUUCUCCCGCAGAUGAAGUGCCAAACCCGGACGAUGUCUUCCCAUGUUCGCAGCCCUUGCCAACUCAUCCGGAGGUUGAUGAUGUGAACAUGACCUUUUCGCAUUUUGUGGACGGACCGACUGGCCUAAUAGGCUUGACAGAGCUCCCUGCUGAUAUCCCAAUGGGGCUGGAUCUCGUGGAUGCCAACCACCAACCAAGCGCGCCUUCGACCGUCCCUCUUGUGCCUUCUCCAGCGGAAAGCUUGCACCCGGAAAGCCUCCAAAACGAGAGCCAACAAUUACAGCAUCUUCUUGCAGACCUCAAGAGCCAUGCUCAGAAACAGGCUAGCCCUCAUGAACUCCUACGCUCAGCGCGAGAUACAUUGAAUCUCCACGUGUCUGGUUCAGUAAAGAAAUUACAACCGUUGAACCAUGAUGGGAAGAACCAUGUGGCUUCACGCUUUUGCAGUAUACCAGCGAAUUCGGUUUCCUUGACUGGCCUGGAGACAAUGUCAGACAUUUUUCAAGGACAGCAGGUGCAAUCCUCGGCGAAGAUGUUGUGCUUUUUACAUGUCGUAUAUUCGCUUUCCCUCGUGAUACACGAACAAGAUGCUGCAAACUGGUUGACGAAAUUAUUCAAUCAGGCUGUAUCCUAUUGCUCUUGGAUGACGGACGAGGACAAGUUUGCAUACCUGCAAGUCGUUGAAUUCCUUUGGAAGCCUGGCGAUGUGACUGAUGAAGAUUUGGUGCACAUUCGACAACAAUGCCUCCCUGAGCCCUCGUCUACACCAACUGCCAGAAAAGGCAAAGGACUCGCUACCCCUAUCGACCCCAACAACGACCCAUUACUGUUCAUUUCGCAAUACUUCUUAGACGAGUUAGAAUACGCCGCGCUGCGAAACACGACAAAACCAGAAAUCCAAACAUCCAACCUCUGUACAAAACAUCUGAAAGAUACCAAUCUUGCCACGAUGCAAGACUCUCCGUUUGUAGACGCAGCAAAGAGUUUGGUUCUCGCGUUGUCUCAACAGUAUCACAAUGCGGGCGGGUUUGUUUCAGGUAUGAAGGAACUAUUGGAUCGAAUCGAGUCCAAUCACGUCUCUACAGUUCGCCGUCUUGAGCUUGAAUUGCUACAGUCCGGAAAGAUGCAAUUGCCGCCGGACUUGUACUUUGAUGUAUUUGUUAAACAAAUCCGAACCCGCAUCGACUCGCUUCAGAUUCAGAAUGGCCUUCACUACACGCCCAGAUUGCAAUAUCACAAGCUUGGUAUUGAGUUAAUGGCAUCUAUCAUGCACGGUUCUGAUGUCCCAGUGUUGGGCAUAGACUUGGUCGAGUCACAGCUCGAUAUAUCAAGUCAUGGCAUAUCAGAAUUAGAAAUGCCAAUGGACUUUGCCUUCGACGAUUUAGUUUCAUUCCAGCCUGGUUUGCCAAUCGAUUACGAGUCGUUGGGUUCUAUACACGCCGCUGAUCAUACACCUGUCAACGAACAAGAGUGGCUGCCCGCGUCCGACACUCCAUCCACACUCAUCCCGGCGCCUUCCCAAGCCCGAACGCCUUCAACGCCCUCCAGAUCAGGAGAGGCAGCAUUGCCAAAAAAACGGAAUACCGACAUGUGUUGUGAGAUUUGUGGCUACAGACCAAAGGGAAACCCUCAGUGGUUCCAUGGAAGUAUGGCUAAACACAAGAAGCUAAUGCAUGCCAACACGCCUCCCACAAUCUAUCCAUGCCCAUUCCCGGGGUGCAACAGCCAGUAUAAAAAUCGUCCAGACAAUCUACGCCAACAUCAAAUCGAAAAGGGACAUUUUGUGGAUGGCCAAGAAGAGUCUACUAAGAGCCGAAAGAGGAGGAAGAUGGAAUAG